AUGACUUCUCCCCUAGUGUUGAUAUUCUCUCUUUCAUUGCUUUGCCUCCAUGGAAAGUAUCUGUCUAUUACGCCUCAAGAACCCGAAUUUGAAUGCGUUGAUAUCUACAACCAACCUUCACUACAGGAUCCUCGAUUAAGAAAUCAUCAGAUUCAACCGAAUUUGAUGUACCAAGAGAAGGAUGUCCUAAUGGACAACUAUGGAACUAUUGGUGAACAUGCUGCUUUCAUUUACAAAACUGAACCCGUUCCGUGGCGUGGAGCAUCUGCAUGGGUUAGUGUUUACCAGCCUAAAGUAACUAAGGACCAAGCCAGCUUGGUUUUGCUUUGGCUAGAAAACGGGCAUAAUCGCCAACUCAACACCAUCCAGUUUGGUUUGGCUCCAGAAAAUCAUGACGUUGGGUGCUACAAUGUACUAUGUAAGGGUUUCGUUCAAAUCCACUCGAGAAUCUUUCUUGGUAGUCCAUUUAAGAACAUUUCUGUGGUGGGAGGCCAACAAUAUAACACCCGCCUCGCAAUCUAUCAGUUCUACCUAGGAUAUUGGCCAGGGCAACUUUUACCGUAUUUAACCGAAGGAGCAAGGAAUGUUCGUUACGGUGGAUUCACAGUUGCUCGUAAUGAUAAUUUGGAAGCCUAUGAUAUUGUUAGCCCUCCGAUGGGAAACGAAAAUAAACCAUUAGAUGAUGAAGUGAAUCUAAAGCAUACUUGUUACAUGCAUUUUGUGAAACAUGUGACACAGGAUUAUCGAAGUGUCGACAUUGAUUCCAACAAAAUUGGGGAGAAUGCCGACUACGUGAAAUGUUACGAUCUGAAUUAUCUUCAUUAUUGGGGGUCUCGUCAUCGCCAAACUUUCACAUUUGGUGGACCAGGUGGUUUAUGUGAUGUAUGA